AUGAGGUUGCUUUUCUUGUUUUUAUUUGCUUUUUUACAGAGGAAGGCUGGUGCCUAUGCCUCGCAACAUGCUGGACCUGAGGUCAUGACUUCUGACUUUGUUAAAAUCACUACUCUCAACGAUUCAGACAAGGGUGUUACCGACAAUGACACCACGAAGUACACUUUGCAACAGGACGGCUACGUUUUCUACUACACUUUCAUGGAACGCGCCAAGUGUGUAAAAUGCGAGUACCGCGGUAUGACUAUUUGGGAGCAGGGCCUGGGCGUCAUGUACCCCAAGGCUAUAUCCUUCCACUCUGACCUGUUCAUGGUUUUCGUGCAGUUUCACGAUUUCCUGAAGGUGUACUCCUUAAAACUGGACCUUUCUGACCCUGAGAACCCUCGGGGCCAGUUUGUGUUUCUUGCUCGCGCCAAGACCAAGGGUGUUUCUCCCACGAAGAUGAGCUUCAUGCUCAGGGACAAGUCCGACCCCUCUGAGAUGGAACUCACUUACAUGGACGGCAUUAAUCAGGGGUUCCAGUUUGAGUACGAGUUCAAGGACUCUGACUGCCUCGAGGUCCUUUACGCCAACAACUCCGUUUGGAAAUACGACGACGAUUUUUCUGAGGGCAAGCUUCCUCUGUCUGUGCACCUGAACAUCUACACGAACAUGAUCUUCAUCACCAUGUCCGACUUUUACCUCGUGUACCAGUGCUCCUCUGACAAGUGCGAGCUUCUCUGCCGCAGCACUCUCGCUGGCUUCUCUGAGAACGACAUCAGGUUUCUCACCAAGAGCCAUGAAGGCCACAUGAACUACCUCGACUCUUCCAAGUUCAAUUUAAUGAAGUACCCUGACGGGUUUACCUACGUUUUCUCUCUCAAGGACGAGUCCAACUGCUCUCAGGUAAAGUACAAGGAAACUGCCAUUUGGACUGCUCAGGACCCUCUGAUCCCUGCCAGGAACGUCUACGUCAACCUUUCUGUCAAGGCUCUCAUGAUCGACACUGGCGCCUCCAUCUUCUUUUUCAUGCACUUUGACCAGUGGAAGCUCAUUUUGGAGACUCGCGCUGACGCUGAGCUCGUUUACACCACCAAGAUUGAGCCUUCUGAUCCCCUUUCUUCCUUGCGCGGUCACGUUGCCGCUCAGGCUGAUCAGGCUGCUGCUGACGAGGCCAAGCCUUCUGGUGAAGCCAAGCCUUCCAAGGACGUUGACAGUCACAGGAUUAACACCAUGAGUCUCAUGUUGAUUCUUUGCGGCAUUAUUUUGGUUGCUUUGUUUGCUGCUGUUUUAGUCAAAUUUUGCUUCAAGUAA